AUGGCGAAACCGCCUUGGGGUCGAUAUCGACCGCUCCAGAGUCCAAAACAUCUUCUAGCACUUGGUAUCAUUGCAUUCAUAUCUACACUAUCACUCUGGCUAGCUAUCAGAGACAAGCUCGAUUUGGUGGAUAAUUAUCUUGGUGCUGAUGGAGAUGAAGGCAGACUUGCGUUCGCGACGAUUUUGCUUCCGCCACCAAACAAUUACAGCGACCACCAGGAUGUUGACCAGUAUCUGACCAGCACACGGAUGCUCAACUACCAGCUGAGAUAUGACAAGAACACCCGUUCGAGAAAAGAGAUUCCUUUUCUGGUUGUCGUGACUCCAGAGAUCCUUCCCUGGAAACGAAAGCUGCUUGAGCGAGAAGGUGCAACAGUUAUUUUCGCGGAACGCCUUUCUCUAGGAGAUGAUUGGAUUCAGCCGAUGGCAGAGCGAUGGAAAGAUGUCAUGUUGAAAUUACGUCUCUUCGAAUUGACCGACUACAACAAGAUUCUCUUCCUCGACGCAGACACGUACCUUCUGAAGCGAUUGGACAGGAUAUUCAGAGAUCCGGCUGCCCGUCCGACCAAAAUAAGGGCUUCUGAGAAAGAAACUCGACCUGACGAAGCGCCUUUUCCAGAGAAGUACCUCUUUGCUACAGGCCCGGAAAUCAUGCACACCACCCAUCCAUGGCCACCACGUCCUUGGCCUCGCUUCAAUGCCGGGUUCUUCCUCUUCCAGCCUUCCCAAGCGCUCUUCCAGUACUACAUUUCCCUCCUGACUCUCAAGGACCGGUUUGACAGCACGUAUCCCGAGCAGAACCUUUUGAAUUAUGCCCACCGCGAGUGGGGCAACAUGCCCUGGGCACACUUGAAGACGGGAUGGAAUGUGAAUCUGUCGAACCUUAAUGAUGUCAAGAAGGGCGUAAAGAGCGUGCAUGCGAAGCUUUGGAUGGAAAGUCAUGACUUACAGCCUGUUCCGGCAGAGUUGAGGAGGAUGUGGGAGAAUACGAGGGUGGAGAUGGAGAGGUUUUAUGGCGAGAUGGGACACAGGUUAGGGUAG